GAUUUGUUUUUGAAGGCAGAGCCGGUGAGAAUAGCAGCUGGCCUUUGGCAGAACACAGAAAACCACAGGUUUUAAGCUUUAUCGUAGGAACUCUGUUUCUACUCAAAACUGAACCAGCCACUAGACUGUCCUUUUCCUCAUCUGUGAGCUACCAGAUUUGAAGAUGCUGCGGGCGCAGAGGCUGAGACUGGCCAGGCUAAGAGCCUGCCUCUCCAGGGGUCUCCACCACAAGCCUGUGAUGGCGCUCCGGAGGGAGGAUGUGAACGCCUGGGAGCGCAGGGCACCCCUGGCUCCCAGACACAUCAAGGGCAUCACCAAGCUGGGAUACAAGGUCUUGAUACAGCCUUCCAACCGACGGGCCAUUCACGACAAGGAGUAUGUCAGGGCUGGCGGCAUUCUUCAGGAGGACAUCACAGAAGCCCGUCUAAUUUUGGGAGUAAAAAGGCCUCCAGAGGAAAAACUGAUGUCCAAGAAGACUUAUGCCUUCUUUUCCCACACAAUAAAAGCCCAGGAAGCCAACAUGAGCUUGUUGGAUGAGGUUCUGAAACAGGAAAUCCGUCUUAUUGAUUAUGAGAAAAUGGUGGAUCACAGGGGAUCUCGGAUAGUGGCAUUUGGACAGUGGGCAGGUGUGGCAGGAAUGAUCAAUAUUUUACAUGGAAUGGGUUUAAGGUUCCUUGCUUUGGGACAUCACACACCUUUCAUGCAUCUUGGCAUGGCCCACAACUACAGGAACAGCAGUCAGGCUGUGCAGGCUGUCCGUGAUGCUGGCUAUGAAAUAUCUCUGGGUUUAAUGCCGAAGUCGAUAGGGCCCUUAACCUUUGUAUUCACGGGAACUGGCAACGUAUCAAAGGGAGCCCAAGAGAUCUUUAACGAGUUACCUUGUGAAUACGUGGAGCCCCAUGAACUAAAAGAAGUUUCAAAAACUGGAGACCUCAGGAAAGUGUAUGGGACGGUGUUAAGUCGCCAUCAUCAUCUUGUCAGGAAAACAGAUGGUGUCUACGAUCCUGCAGAAUAUGAGAAAUAUCCUGAGCGCUACACAAGUCGCUUUAAUACAGACAUUGCACCCUAUACCACUUGUUUAAUUAACGGAAUCUACUGGGAGCAGAACACCCCUCGCCUGCUGACUCGCCAGGACGCUCAGAGUCUGCUGGCACCGGUGAAGUCCUCCAUUGUUCCCGUUGAAGGAUGCCCUGAAUUACCACACAAACUUGUGGCAAUAUGUGACAUUUCAGCAGACACAGGAGGGUCUAUAGAUUUUAUGACUGAGUGCACUACAAUCGAGAGACCCUUUUGCAUGUAUGACGCAAACCAGCAAAUUACUCACGACAGUGUUGAAGGCUCCGGGAUUCUGAUGUGUUCCAUUGACAAUUUGCCAGCACAGCUCCCAAUUGAGGCUACAGAAUACUUUGGAGACAUGCUUUACCCUUAUGUUGAAGAAAUGUUGUUGUCAGAUGCGUCACAGCCUCUGGAAAGCCAGAACUUCUCUCCGGUAGUGCGAGACGCAGUGAUUACAUCCAAUGGUAUAUUGACUGACAAAUACAAAUAUAUACAGAAACUUCGAGAAAGCAGGGAACGCGUUCAAUACCUCUCAAUGAGUACCAAGAAGAAAGUUUUGGUUCUUGGGUCUGGCUACGUAUCUGAGCCUGUUUUAGAAUAUCUGUCAAGAGACAACAAUAUAGAAAUAACACUAGGCUCUGACAUGAUGAACCAAAUCCGACAGUUAAGCAAAAAAUACAGUAUUAACUCUGCUAGUGUGACCAUUGGUAAACAAGAGGAAAAGCUGCAAUCCUUGAUAGCGGCGCAGGAUCUUGUCAUCAGCUUGUUACCUUAUGCGCUGCAUCCUGUUGUGGCCAAGGCAUGUAUUGCAAACAGAGUUAACAUGGUCACUGCAAGCUACAUCACACCAUCCAUGAAAGAGCUGGAAAAGAGUGUGGAUGACGCUGGCAUCACAGUCAUUGGUGAAAUGGGAUUAGAUCCUGGUCUUGAUCACAUGUUGGCAAUGGAUACAAUUGAUAAGGCCAAGGAGCUGGGAGCCACGAUUGAGUCUUACGUUUCCUACUGUGGUGGCCUUCCAGCCCCUGAACAUUCAGACAAUCCCUUGCGAUAUAAAUUCAGCUGGAGUCCAGUGGGAGUCUUGAUGAAUGUGAUGCAACCUGCUAGCUAUCUGCUCAAUGGAAAGGUUGUAAAUGUGACAGGAGGAGCCUCUUUUCUCAGCUCUGUCACAUCCAUGGAUUACUUCCCAGGCCUAAACUUGGAAGGGUAUCCUAACAGAGAUAGUACAAAGUAUGCUGAAAUUUAUGGUAUUCCAUCUGCGCACACAGUGUUGAGAGGAACACUGAGAUACAAGGGAUAUUCCAAAGCUUUGAAUGGAUUUGUAAAGUUGGGACUCAUCAACAGAGAAGCAUAUCCUGCCCUCCGACCUGAGGCUAACCCUCUCACCUGGAAACAACUUCUGUGUGAUCUCGUUGGGAUUUCCCGCUCGUCUUCAUGUGAGGAGCUUAAGGAAGUAGUCUUUACAAAGUUGGGAGGGGACAGUAGCCAGCUGGAGGCUGCUGAAUGGUUGGGCUUACUGGGGGACGAGCAAGUCCCUCAGGCAGAGUCCAUUGUGGAUGCGUUCUCCAAGCACUUGGUCUCAAAGCUCUCCUAUGGCCCCAAGGAAAAGGAUAUGAUUGUGAUGAGAGACAGCUUUGGCAUAAGACAUCCCUCUGGACACCUAGAAACUAAGACCAUCGACCUUGUGGUUUAUGGAGACCUCAAUGGUUUCUCAGCAAUGGCUAAAACUGUGGGGUUACCAACGGCCAUGGUAGCCAAAAUGUUGCUUGAUGGUGAAAUUGAAGCCAAAGGCCUAAUGGGGCCAUUUACAAAGGAGAUCUAUGGGCCAAUAUUGGAGCGGAUUAAAGCAGAAGGCAUUGUAUUUCAUACACAGAGCAAAGUCAACCUAUAAAUGGGAAUUUAUUUUCUUAGGCAUCAUAGCUGUCACCUUGUGUAUGACAAGCAUACUUGCUGAUGUGCUAAAGCAUGAAGCAUGAUAUGUUUUGAGUAAAUUCAUGCAAUGAUGUUUUUGAAACCCAAAUCUCUAUUUUAGUAAAAUUUUUGGAGUAGGAUGCCAGGCAUUACAGAGACCUUAAAUAAGUCUCCUGUAUAUUUUUUGUGUGUAUGUAAAAGUGAUGAUGAUCAUAGUUUGUUAAUUUAUUUUUUCUUUUUUCUUAUAAGAAUAUAUCAUCAGCAGAUGCAGUUGUAUUAUUUCUUUUUUUGCCAGAAAAAAACUUUAUGUAGUUCUAUUUUUGUAUUUUUCAAACUGAUUCUGUUAUCAUGUUAUUCUUUUAUCAUGACUAAUAUGGGUGACAUAUCUACAAACAAUUGCAAAAGUACUGUUUCAUGCCUUUUGUAAAGUUAUGAUUUAUUUAGUAAAUUUUUUGAAAAUCGUUUUCUCUUGAAGUUUUGGAAAAGGGAAUUGAUACAAUAAAUUCAGUUCUCAUUGAAAAACUCUAGCACCCUUCCAUGAUUAAAAACAAAAUUAGGAAACAAAAAUUAUAAAAAAAACAUAACAAAUCAAGAAUAGAAAGAAAUGCCCUUAUAGAGGAUAGCUAUCAAAACACCACAAUUUGUAUCAUAUUUAGUGGUAAAAUAUUGAAUGAAUUUCGCCUAACAUCACAAGACAACACUUGCCUCAGUGAUCCGACCUGUAUUUCAGGGUUAGGCCAGGGCAAGUAGGCAGAGAAAGAGAGAGAGAGAGAGACCAGAAAAGAAAAUAAACUCUAUUUACAUAGAAUCUCCAAGAAUUGCACAGAAAGUCCAAGACAUAGUAAAAAAAAUACAAAAAAGAUUUGGAGUCAUGAAUUUGAAAAAAAUGCAGAUUCAGGAAGAACUUGGAGAAAUUGCCUUCCCAUAAAUGUAUGAAUAAGUGAAACAAAAGUGGUUUUAGAAAAACAACAUUAAGGAAUUUAGAGAUCAGAAGUAACAUUCAUGUUUAUGUUCCAUUGCCUUUUUAAGUGUACUAAGACAAUUAAAUAAAGAAAAACAAUACUUUUUUAUCAAAUGAUGAAUGAAAACAUGAAUAUCCAGAAACAAUGAAGUUAGAUCAUUACCUCAUAGCAUGUAGAAGAACUGACUAAUGGCAGGUCUAAAAACUUUUUUUUUAAAGACCUACUACUGUAAAAAUUUUAGAACAAAUCAUAAUAAAUCUUCAUGUGUUUGAAUUAGGCAAUGGUUUAUUAGUAAUUAAAGGAAAAAUCACAAGCAACACAAAAAAUAGACAAACUGGACAUAAUAAAAAUUUACAACUUUUGAGUUUCUGAGGAAACUGCUGAGAAAUAAAAACAUCUAAUAUCUCUUCUAAAA